UGUAGCGACGCUGUGUCUGUUGGUGAGAGCAGCGACACUCCGCGGUCCUCAUUUAAUUCCGUGCCCCAACAUUUUGUCAAUUUUAUCGAAAUGGAUCCAGUAAAAAUGUCUAUGCAGCCGCAUAGCAGGAAACGUGUCUGCUACUAUUACGACAGUGAUAUUGGAAAUUACUAUUAUGGCCAAGGACAUCCUAUGAAGCCACAUCGUAUAAGGAUGACGCAUAAUUUACUUUUGAACUAUGGACUUUAUAGGAAAAUGGAAAUAUAUCGGCCUCAUAAAGCUACGGCAGACGAGAUGACGAAAUUUCAUAGUGACGAGUAUAUUAGAUUUCUGAGAUCUAUAAGGCCAGAUAAUAUGUCGGAGUAUAAUAAGCAAAUGCAACGAUUUAAUGUGGGAGAAGACUGCCCCGUUUUCGAUGGUUUGUAUGAGUUUUGUCAAUUAUCAGCCGGCGGAUCUGUAGCCGCUGCUGUAAAGCUUAAUAAGCAAGCGUCUGAAAUCUGCAUUAAUUGGGGCGGCGGUUUACAUCACGCAAAAAAGAGCGAAGCUUCGGGCUUUUGUUAUGUAAAUGACAUUGUGCUUGGAAUAUUGGAAUUGCUGAAGUAUCAUCAGAGAGUUUUGUAUAUCGAUAUUGAUGUUCAUCAUGGCGACGGUGUAGAAGAAGCUUUUUAUACAACGGAUAGAGUAAUGACAGUUUCAUUCCACAAGUAUGGCGAAUAUUUUCCUGGAACAGGAGACCUUCGUGAUAUUGGGGCAGGCAAGGGAAAAUAUUAUGCAGUUAAUAUACCUUUGAGAGAUGGCAUGGACGACGAUAGUUAUGAAUCGAUCUUUGUCCCUAUCAUCUCAAAAGUAAUGGAAACAUUUCAACCCUCUGCUGUUGUUCUACAAUGUGGGGCUGAUUCAUUGACUGGUGAUCGACUGGGAUGUUUUAAUUUAACUGUAAGAGGCCACGGUAAAUGCGUAGAGUUUGUGAAAAAAUAUAAUUUGCCUUUCUUGAUGGUUGGAGGUGGUGGUUACACCAUCAGAAAUGUGUCCAGAUGUUGGACGUACGAAACGUCGGUUGCUCUCGGCUGCGAGAUCGCUAAUGAGCUUCCGUAUAAUGAUUAUUUUGAAUAUUUUGGCCCAGACUUCAAAUUACAUAUUAGUCCAUCAAACAUGGCGAACCAAAACACUCCGGAAUAUCUAGAUAAAAUAAAAACGAGGUUGUUUGAAAAUUUAAGAAUGCUACCUCACGCGCCUGGCGUACAAGUCCAGGCAAUACCAGAGGAUGGUGCAGUUAUUGAGGACUCGGAAGCUGAAGAGAAGACAAAUCCAGACGAUAGAUUGCCCCAACGCGACCUAGAUAAAAGAAUGCAACAUGAAAACGAAUAUAGUGAUAGUGAAGACGAAGGCGAAGGCGGACGAAGAGAUAAUAGAUCGUACAAGGGAUCUAGGAAGCGACCCCGUUUGGAAAAAGGUCAAGAAGCCAUGGAUACCGACUUAAAGAAAGAUGAAGAUAUAAAAGCAGAAUCAAAAGAAAAUGAGAAGGACGAUAAAGUAAACCCCACGAAUGAGGAGACUAAAAAAGACGGAGGGGCGAAUCCUUGAUAGAUAGUUGCCCCGGAGCAUCUGAGAAAAUGGAGAAACUCUUAUUUAAAUUAAGUAACAAAUAAGUUUAAAUAACUUAAAUAAUGGCAGCAUACCAUGCAUGAAUGUGUUAUCUGCUGCCUCUACCUCGCGCGCGCCCUAUAAUACGAGAUCAUUAUGUUUUUAUCAAAAAUCUUGAAAAUGUUUAGACGUCUAGAAAUAUUGGAUUCAUUCGUGAAACGUCAUUCUCAUUGAAAUUAACACGUAUGAGCGUGUACAUAGCUUAUAAUAUAUCCUGCAUCCUGCAAUUUUAACCAUAGACCGUUAAGAGUUUUUGAAGUGUAUUUCUGAGUGUUCUGAAAUGUGUUUUUGGAAGGUGUUUUGGAACUACCGCACAAAGAUGAUUAAAAAUAUAUCAACGAAAUAGCGUUUUGAUCGAUUCGUCAUAAUUUUAUAA